CAAAAACUUGACAGGACAACAAUGGUGCACGCCUGGGGGGCCGAAUCCGUGCUUGCCGCUCGUUUACUGGAGCGAAGAAGGCGGUCGAUGUGACAUUCACUCGCACGCUGCUGAUGAGUUUAUUGUUCUGGUCCUGUAGGCGCAGAGAGGCGCUUCUCUUGAGAAGAUGUUGAGUCGAUUUAUGAGUGGAAGCAUCCGAAACCUGGAGAGGGAAUACAACUGUACGGUCAGACUGCUGGACGAUACGGAAUAUACGUGCACCAUUCAGUUCAGUCUUGCUGCAGCACAUCAUCACCAUGGCAACAGCUCAUCUCAUCAUUGCUUCCCAGGUGUACUGUCGCGAUGCAAAGGGACAGUAUCUAUUUGACCUCAUCUGCCACCACCUCAAUCUGCUGGAGAAAGACUAUUUCGGCAUCAGAUACGUGGAUCCGGACAAGCAACGGCACUGGUUGGAGUUCACAAAAUCAAUCGUUAAGCAAAUGAAAGCUCAACCUCCAUUCACCUUGUGUCUGAGAGUCAAAUUCUACCCUCCUGACCCUGCUGCUCUCAAAGAGGAAAUCACUCGAUAUCUUGUCUUCCUGCAAAUCAAGAGGGACCUCUAUCAUGGUCGUCUCCUGUGUAAAACCUCGGACGCGGCCAUGCUCGCUGCCUACAUCCUUCAAGCUGAGAUCGGUGAUUAUGACCCCGGGAAGCAUCCUGAAGGUUACAGCUCCAAAUUCCAAUUCUUUCCUAAACAAUCGGAGAAACUGGAGCGGCGGAUAGCAGAAAUCCACAAGACAGAGCUGAUCGGACAGACACCGGAAACUUCAGAGCGAAAUUUCCUGCAGAAAGCCCAGAUGCUGGAAACAUACGGCGUCGAUCCACAUCCCUGCAAGGAUGUGUCUGGGAACCCUGCUUUUCUCGCCUUCACGCCGUUUGGUUUUGUUGUGCUUCAGGGAAACAAGAGAGUUCAUUUUCUCAAAUGGAACGAGGUGACCAAGCUGAAGUUCGAGGGCAAGACUUUUCACAUAUAUGCAAACCAGAAGGAGAUCAUCUUGACAUACUUUGCACCCACACCGGAGGCUUGCAAACACCUGUGGAAGUGUGGAGUGGAGAAUCAAGCGUUCUACAAGCUCGAGAAGUCGAGUCAAGUUCGCACCGUGUCCAGCAGCAACUUGUUCUUCAAGGGCAGCCGUUUCCGCUACAGUGGAAGAGUGGCUAAAGAGGUGAUGGAGCAGAGUGCCAAAAUCAAACGUGAGCCUCCAGAAAUACACAGGGCUGGCCUUGUGCCCAGCAGAAGCUGCCCAUCUAUCACCCACGGGCCUCGGCUCAGCAGUGUACCACGCACACGUCGGAGAGCUGUGCACAUAUCUAUCAUGGAGGGACUGGAGUCGCUGCGGGACAGUGCCCACUCCACACCUGUGCGCUCCGUGUCCCACGGGGAGUCCUUCAUCCCUCGCUCUCGCAGUCAGGCCACUGAUGAGGCGAUAAUCUCCGACGAGGCCUACAGCCCCUCCGACAGCGUCCUCCCGACCCCGGUGGCCGACCACAGCAUGGAGCUGUCCGUCUCCCGGCAGAUCAACGGCGCCCCGUGCAGCAUCGAGGAGGAGAAGGAGUCGGAGGCGGGAACUCCGCUGCAGGAGGAAAGGGGGGAUUUUGGUGCGGAAGGUAAAUCCGGACAGGAGGGCUCAGACUCCGCCCUCAGCGAGGUGGAGCAGGUGAAUAAGUUUGUCUUAAGCGUUCUCCGUCUGCUCCUCGUGACCAUUGGACUCCUCUUCGUCCUGCUCCUCCUCCUCAUCAUUCUGACUGAAUCUGACCUUGACAUUGCAUUUUUGAGCGACAUCCGCCAGACCCCUGAAUUUGAACAGUUCCACUUUGAAUACUUCUGUCCGCUCAGACGGUGGUUCGCUUGCAAGCUCCGCUGGGUGGGUGGGCUGCUCAUCAACAACUAAAACUGUGGGGUCAGUCAACCUUCACUCGGGACAGAGGAACACGGAGGGCAGCCUCACCCUGCGUCUUUCAUCCUUCUCUUUCAGGCAGACGCUUUGGACCAGCAGGAUGUUUAUGCCUUCCCUCCAAAAGUCACCUCCUCGUUUACCCACAAGCCUCUUUUGCUUUCAGAUUUCAGACUUUUUAUUUCAUUUCAGGUAUUAUUUUUACAAAUAACUUUAAAAAAAAAAAGAAAUGAAACGUUUAUUUUAUGCAAAAAUAAUUUUUUGCAAACAAAUCCUGUCUUUAUUGUUAUUAUUAUUAUUAUUAUUUAUUACUUUUGAACUGCAAUCGCAUAAGAGAAGGAGAAGAGUCAACAAAGGGGAAAUUAAGGAAGUUUUAGGAAAUGGAAAUGAGGUUUUGUGAGAGUCAGAGCUGCUGUGAAGGAGUCAAAAGAUUGCAAUGUGUUUGAACGAACUUUAUUAGAAAAAGAACAUAAAAAUGUGACAAGAAAUAGUGAGAGUUUGUGAAACUGGAUGAAACCUCUUCUGAAAGAAUACGAUGACCGUUUAGGCUUUUUUGGAUUGUUAAAGACCGCUCAAAUUCAGUGUAGUGAUUAAAAAAAAACUAAAAAAAAGGUAGACAUCAAAAUAGUUCUUAAAGAUUCAGUGAAAUCAACUUUUUAUUUCCCAGUAGUGUGUGAUGGAAAAAGGAGAGCCGUCAAAGAUUCACUGACACUCAUAGACAAUAGAACUAAAUAGAUGUGCAAUGCUGGUAUGGUUACAAUAAUUAUUUACUUUGAAUGUGCUUCAUGUUUUUUUUCUAUCAAGCUUAUUUAAUUAGUUUUGAAAUUCAAUGAAUUUCAAUAAUUUGUACGUAUGAAGAGUUUGAUCUAUUUUGGUUUUCUAUCAACCUCUUAGGUUUAUGUAUCAUACUGUAUGAUCCAUUUGAAUUACUGCUAGAAUAAGAGUAAUGAUGUACUUUUGUACAAAUUAGUUUGUUUCCUAAUAUAUAUAUUGCAGGUUUUUUCAUGUAUAUUUUAACAGAAGUGAAAUAUUAUUUUGUUAUGGAAGACUAAACAUUAUACCUUUUUUAGCGUGUUGUUUCAAGGGAAGUUAGAAGUAUUUCUGGAAGUGUUUAAGGGGCUUUUAUUCAAAUCCAUUCAGAAGUGAUCCAUAACCCAUCAUGGUUAGCUUUAAGUCAGCUUUUCUCUGUUUGCUGCACUCAGUGAUCAUUUUAAUGCAUAUUUACGUUAAGUUAAUUAAUCAAAAGUGGUCUAAAAGCACAUUGGAGUCAAGAGGAAAGUGACCCACAUUAGCACAAUAACAAAGAAUACAAUUACUUCACAACUUAAAACGACCCAAUUUGCAUAAAAAUGCUAUAAAGCUUUUGUAAAAGUAAAUAUUAAUAAUAUAAAAGCAACUAUAACUGUACAUUUUAGGGUUUAGUAUGUGCGUUCAUCCCUUUAUCUACAUUUCGUGAAAAAAAUGGCAGUUUUCUCAUUUCUAAUAUUAUAUACCAUAUUUUGCUCAUAUAUUUUUAAGUUCUAAAGCAAUAAGGGUCAUGGCUGUUGGAUUCUGGGUAAAGUCCUAUUUUUUGUUUUCUGUUUUUGUAUUGCAUUUACUACCUGCAGGUAGUGCAGGUAUAUCUUCUGGUGUGUUUGUGAGUAGGAAUGGAAAGAAGAUGCAAAGUAGAACAAGAUGAAACUGGGAGAGCUUUACAAACAUUAAAGAAAAAAGUUUUUAAAAAAAAAGCUUAAAUUCAGACGAUGAGGCACUGAAGACUAUGGUUCUGAAAACAGCUUGGGGAUAGAGAUUUACAGAAUUUGAUAUCUGUACAGGUUCAUUUUUCUUUUUCACCAUUUUACUAGAAGUGCACCCAUCAGCAGCUGCUCCACCAAAGGUUCGAUAGUCAUCUAUGAGAGGCGCAGCCCUACUUCUUCCCAGAUAUCGUUGCUCUAAUCCUUGCAAUUUAGCUGGAUCUAAAUAACUGAACACAUUUUCCAGGUAGAUUUUAGCAUCUAGGAUGAGUAGAGCUGAAAAACAAGCAGAACAGAAGCUCUUCAAGUCUCAAAUUGUUGACUGCCGAUCUAUAAUUGUUCAGUUUGUAUAAAUAUUAACCCCGGCAUUAUUUUCUGCUGUUAAAAACUGAUUUUUAGAUUAAAAAGUUGCAGGUGAUUUUUCAAUCUGUGAUGUCCUUCAGUAAAUAGUUGCAAGGAUUUAGCUUAAUUUCUUCAAUAAGGAGUGGAGUUGAGUGGAUAAGUUGACUUUAUUUUGUUCAAACUUGAAAUAUUUCUGGCUUCAGUGCGCUGCAUCAGUUCACCAGGCCAUGAGGUGUGAAGCAAGUCGUUAAAUUUGUCAGAUUUUACUCUUUUUUUGUUUAGAUUACGUUGCUUCAGUGGUCUCUCAGUAUAUUUUUUUAGACAUACGAAGGCAGCAUUAUUCAUGGAGCAAUAACCAGCUGCAAAGAAACUUUAAAAACUUGUGAAGGUCAAGGAAUGAACUUUUUUUAAGUCAGAUGUUGCUGUCUUUCUAGUAAAGCAAUUACCAGAGUGCUGCUGUGUGGAUUCAUGAUCUGACCACUGAGUUACUCUUUCAUUCAGAGUUUUAUUUACAUGUUUUUUUAUGUUUUCCUGUCUGGUUCAUCAUUAACUGACCGAUAGCUCCCUGUGACUGGAUCCUGUCUUACCGGAGACUGACCUAAUCCAUCCGUGCAUCUCUGAUGGUUGUUAUGGGACAGCAGUGUCUUUUGGAAAACCUUUCUUUCGUUAUAUAAUGUGAGGUUUUCAUCGAUCAACUUCUAGUUUGUUUACAUUCAUUUUUAUCCAUGCAACUGUCUGCAAUAAACUUCGAUCAAUGUGGUUUGUACAGCGAAGCAGCUUAUUUGUACUCGAAAAGGCACAACUUUUCAAAUGUGUUGCAUGCUGGGAAAUAAGUGUGCUCUGACAUUUGGCUGCAAUAGCUUCUCUCCAUAGGACGGCACUUUAAUGAGGUCUUGCUUUGUUGUAUUAUUUUAUUUUCAUUAGUCAUGAUAUGUAAUCGAAACCUAAGGUUCUGUUUUAUUUUAGAUCAUUUAGAAAAUGCAGUCAGCUUUGAUGUUUUUAUCCUCAAUUCAUGCAAAAUCAGCACAAAAAGUGGAUGAAAACAGACAAACUCUUUCCUCCUCUUCUCCCCCCCCCCACACCACACAAAUCUGUAUACAUAUCAAACUGUAUACGUGUCUGGUCAUGUUUUCUGUAGUCUGCCUUCCGUCUCUUUUUAAUGACAUAAAAUCCACAUUUAUUUACCUAAAGGAAUCAACGUGCCAAAUCCAGUUCUUGUUCACUUUGACCCAUUCCGAACCCGUGUGGUACUGUAGGAAUCCUUCUGUACAAGUCGGUAUAAAAGCAUUGUUUCUAAUAGUCCCAUGUAACUGGUGCCAUUAAAGAAAAUGGUUCAAACUUGAAAUAAAUGACAUUUAAAAAAUGA